AUGGCUCUCCAAUCUUGCCGUUCUGGCCUUUUACGGAGCAGACAAGUCGUCCGCACACUCAUGCCAUGCGUGCGCACAUAUGCCACCGACUCGACACCCGAAUCCUUCAAAUCCGAAAACCCAUCUACCUCCGCUCCUGUCCCACGAUGGAGUCAGACACCCCCCGCCAUGAAGGCACCUAUACAGCUCGACUUUGCCAAGAACCCCGAAAACAAGGUCUGGAGUGUCAACAACGAUCCCAAGAAGCUGGACGAGGUGUAUGAUCGACUACUGGGACAGGGCGGCAGCAAGCUUCUGCCAGAGGAGGUGAAGUGGUUGGCCGUUACGCAUAAGAGUUUUGAUCAGGGAAGGAGAGGACGAAUGACCCUCAUCAUGGAGACGACCAAGACAAUUGUCGCCAAGGACCCCAUGAGUCAACCAAAAAAGGACAAAUACAACCGCGAGCCAUUCACACAUCCAAGCCUGAUGUCAGUGGACAAUUUGUCUACUCAAGGAGCCAAGGAUAUUGCUGGCAAGUCAAAUCUGUCUGCUCUCGCAGCUGAUGUGGGCUUGAUUGACGUUGUGCGGUGGAAGCCCCGAAAGGUAUGUACCAAAAGUCUUGUGGAGGGAUUCAUCUAA